AUCUUUAGUCUUCGCAAGAUUAAAAAAAAAAAAAAAAAAAAAAAACCGGAGACCGUUUCCAGGACAAUUAGCAGGCUCGGCGAAGUUCUUCUGAACUUGCGGGCCUUCAAAGAGAGGCAAAGUGACGGGCAAAGCACGAAGCUGCGACACGAAUCCUUUGUGGAUACGACUAAGUGCAUUCCAUUAUUAGAGUGGCCCAGCGGCGGCAGCAGCGCGUCCGGUUCGCGAACGAGCCUCUCGAUGCAGGAAGACCUGAGCUCGCCGACGCCGUGGAAGCAUCGGCGACGAGCGUCCACGUUCAACGAGGCACACCUGGAACGAGCGGAGACGGUGUCGCCGAGAACGCCGAGGAAACGAUCGUUCAGCUUCCACGAGCAGCCGGUGUUCGGCCAGAAUCGUGGCUCCGUAUCCCGGAAGAACUCCUCGAACGAGGAGGGUGGCACCGCGCACAGGAAGCCCACCGGCGACAAACAAGAGGGUGAGAUUUCGUUACCACCGCCUUGCACCUGUCCCUAUUUCGGCGAAUCGUCCAAGAGGCCGCCGCCGCAGCCGUCCAGCGAGAUCGUGAUCGUUUCCAGCGACACUAUGAAACCGAUCUCGGGGAAAAACCUCGAGGCAGCGUUCCUCGGCAGGAGCAACAGCGGCCGAACGUUGGAGCCGAGCAGGAGUUACGAACUGAACUCUGUCGUCACGUGGAGGGGCGGCAGAAGAGGAUCUAGCUUGGGGAACACGAGAACCUCGCUGUUAACGUCGAGAGGGGCCCCGAUUCGUCGCGCGGCAACGAUGCGCGCCCACAACGGGGCGGCGAGCAUCAGCUCGAAGCAGAGCAGCAAUUCGUCCUCGCCGUGCCCUCACAGGUACUCGUCACAGGGUGGCCCGGUGCGUAGCCACUACUCGAGAACGAGCAGCGUGGUCUCGCGGAACAGCUCGCGCCACGGGAGGAUCAUCCGGCUCGAGCAGAAAGCGACCAAGGUGCUCGGCGUGGUUUUCUUCACGUUCGUCGUCCUCUGGGCGCCGUUCUUCGUCCUGAACCUAAUACCAGCCGUUUGCCCUAACUGCGAGAGACAGAUCGACCAUAAGAUCUUCGACCUGGCCACCUGGCUCGGCUACGCCAGCUCGAUGGUCAACCCGAUAUUCUACACCAUCUUCAACAAGGUGUUCCGCCAGGCGUUCAAGAAGGUGUUGCUCUGCCGGUACAGAAACCAAACGUGGAGGCCGUCCAGG